AUGAAUUGCAGCACAAGCACCCAUCGUGGUAGUCCCACCCACAAGGAAAAUAUUCCACCAUUAACCAAAGCAGAUGCUUUUCAGCACCAGAGGACCAAACAGCGCACAGUGCUCGGGGUGUUGCCAGAAAAUGAGCUGCGUGGACGGUCGCUCAGCCAGGGAAGCCAGUUUUCCAAACACAGUUCUGUUUUGGACAGCUCGCAGCUUAACUUUCUGGGCUGCACCUCUAGUUCCAGCUAUGAAGUAUAUGUUGAGGAGGCCUGUGAAGUUGUUCUGGCUGCUUCAGGUCAGGAAGUUGUUUCAGAUAGUUGUGACCUUGAGUCUGAUACCAAAUCCCUGCAGGAUGAACACGUGCGGCUCCUGAUGGAGUUUAGUUCAAGUGCUUGGCUGGAUGCUUCUAUGCAUGCUGAACCAGAGGAACCUGAGGUGUCAGGGGAUACCUUCUGUUUUGAUUAUGCAGACGAUAUUUACAAGAACUUAAGGGAGAUUGAGAAGAGGUUUAGGGCAAAGCCAGGCCACUUGGAGAGACAUCCAGAGAUCACCGAUGGUAUGCGGGUCAUUCUGGUGGACUGGCUGGUGGAGGUUGUGGAGGAAUACAAGCUUAGUUGUGAAACUCUGCACCUAGCUGUAAACUACCUGGACCGGUUUCUGUCCAGCACAGCAUUUAUCAGGAGGAGCAAGUUGCAGCUGGCUGGAACAGUUGCAUUACUGGUUGCCGCGAAAUACGAGGAGACAUUUCCUCCUGAGCUGAAUGAGUUUGUGUACAUCACAGACUGCACCUACACCAAGAAACAGCUGCUCCGGAUGGAAAGCCUUUUGCUGAAGGUGCUUGACUUCAAUUUGGCAGCACCCACCACCAACCAGUUCCUUCGCCUGUUCAUGUCGGUCCACUCUGUCUGUUCAACCACAGAGAACCUCGCUCUGUAUAUUGCAGAGCUAAGCCUACAAGAGGCUGAUCCCUUCCUGCGAUACACCCCAUCCAUACUGGCAGCUGGAGCCUACUGCUUAGCUACCUACACUGUGAGCAAAUCUUACUGGCCUGGUUCUUUAGUUGCCUUUUCUGGGUAUACCAUGGAGGAAAUCAUUCCCUGCCUGAGUUAUCUUCACAAGUUGUACAUCAGUGCAGAGAGUUGGCAGCAGCAAGCGAUCAGGGACAAGUACAAAUCUACAAAGUUUUGUCGUGUUUCAGGCAUCCCCCCGCCUGCUGCUUUGACUCUCCUAUGAUUUGAUCUCUUCACCACUCUAAUCCUCCCAAAAGAACCUAGUUACUUACCAGCACAGUAUAAACAAAGCUAACACUGCUUUAAGUCUUCUUUACCAGACUUGAAGAAGGCAUAAAGCAGGUACCUGUAUGUAGACUCAGUUAUUUUUAGCUUUUUCUUCAAACAAUACAUAGUUACGUUGAAACUGUUUAGAUAGCACAGUUAAUUAUUGAAUCUCCUUCAAGAUGUACAUGGAUGUAA